UUGUGUCUAAGUGAAGUCGUUCCUAUUAUUGUCUUUACCUUUUUUUGCCUUAAACAGUCCAUGCUGCUCUUGCACACAUUUAGAUCCACUCUUCUUUUGCCAGGAAGUGUUCUUGGAGCUGUGUUACACAGUGUAAUAAUACAAGCAACAACCCAACUUAACUUUCAGUUUUCUUUUGCCAUCCUUCCUCCUUCUCAUUGGAUCUUCAAAGCAUUGAUCCAUCUCACCAUGUCCAACCAGCCCAUCCAAAAUAAAAAUGAAGGGGCUUAUAUGUCCCUGAUGAGAGGUUUGAGAGAGCUGGACUUCCAGGGCCCCUGUGUUCCCAGUGACUUGUUGCUAAUUGGAGACCAUGCCUUUCCUUUAGCAAUGAACAGCCAAGGCCAGGUCCUGAUGGCAGCCUCUCUGUAUGGCCGUGGAAGGAUUGUGGUUCUGGGUCAUGAGGGCUACCUGACCACGUUUCCUGCUCUGGUAGAGAAUGCUCUGACCUGGCUGAGAGGAGAUGGAUCUGACAACCUGUCUGUGGGGGUCCACGAAAACAUCAAGGCAGUUGCUGAUAACAUCAGCAGAUCAAGCUUCCAAGCUAACGUUAUGGGGGCCUUCAGUAGCAAUCUGGGGGUAGGGGUGUAUGUGACAGAUGCCUACAACGUGGGCCCUGACGUAAAGGACCUGGUGGCGUUUCUGAAAGCUGGAGGUGGAGUGCUGAUAGCGGGGCAGGCGUGGAGCUGGGCUGCAUGUUACCCUAAGGAGAACACACUGUUACAGUUUGAGGGGAAUAAGGUUUCUGGUGUGGCAGGGAUCUACUUCUCCAAACAUCAGGGGGAGGUUGAGUGCCUUCCUGUCUACCCUCAGAUCCCAUCCACCUGGAUGGCUAGAGUAAUUAGUAAGGAUUUUGAGGAUGACUUAGAGUUCUUACUGCAAGGGGUGUCCGAGUUUGACCUCCAGAAUGGGGUAGUAGCUUCUGAGCUUCUGGUCCAUGGCCAGCUAGCCUUCCCAAUAGGUACCACCGAGGAUGGACGAGUGUUCUUGGCAGGAGCCCUCUAUGGGCAGGGACGAGUUGUUGUGAUUACUCAUGAAGGACUUCUGAAACGAGAGACACUGGCUCCAUUUUGGAACAAUGCCAUUCAUUGGUUGGACAAAGGCCAAAAUGGGGUUGUUGGUGUAGCUCCGGAUCUUGACCAAGCAUUUAACCUCUUCAGCAAGUCAGAGUUUACGUGUGAGAAGACAGACUUCAGGGAAGGCCUGAGUGUAUUUGUGUGUACCGCCUAUAGUGAUAAACAUGUGGCGGACAUACAACAUUUUGUGGCAGAGGGAGGAGGCCUGCUGAUUGGGGGACAUGCUUGGUACUGGGCACAGACACACCCUGGGCAAAACCCAAUCACAGAUUUCACAGGAAACAAGAUCCUGAACAAAAUGGGCUUGAGCCUGCUGGGGAACAUAAUCGGUGAAGGAUCCUACAAGGCCCCGGAGCCUAGCCAGGCCAUCAAAGACGGCUACCACUUCCGUCACCUUCUACGCCGCUUUGCUGGUCAUGUCACACAGGGAGAGGAACUUUCUGAGCAGGAGAAGGACUAUCUAAAAAAACUGGGUGGGGACUGUGUCACCUACUUGCAAAUGAAGGCUCAUGACUGCUCCUCCUACACACAGGUCGUUUCCACACUUAGCGGCAUCUUGAAGAAGUCGGGCAUGCCACAGGUGUGUGACAGCAGCCCUGUGAAGAGUCCCAAGGACCGUUUACUCCUUAGUUUAGGGGCAGAAGUAUACAGGGUUUGCCCAGAUCCUGAUGCCCUCUUGCCUUACCUUAUUAAGGAUGAACCCUUGAUGCCAGUUGUCUAUAACUACAGAAUCAAGAUUAAUGCUAGCACAGCAGGAGGGGAGGAGUGGAUCAGUACAGGUCUCUACCUGUCCCCUGGUAUGAAGACCUACAUUGCCAUGCCAGCAGCGAUUGUUAACCAGGGAUGGAAGGUUCAGAUAGGCUGUCAAACAGACAGCCUAAAUGCUGAAGAAUUGAAGAGAGCGCCAUGUGUUCAUGAGCGAUUUCCUGUUACCUCAGAGAUGAUGCAAGUGUGGAACCUGUGGGGGGGACUCAUUUACCUGGUGGUUCCACCCAAUACACAAGUGAAGGGGCUAAAGGCUACAGUGCAGAUGGCUGUACCUGUGCCUUACUAUAAAUCUGGUGUGACAACAGCUGCUGAUUGGUUGGUGCUGCGCACAGCUCCCUCACCCUGGGCAGAGUUGGAGUUUGAGAACAUCGUCCUUACUGUACCAUCAGAUGUUGUUCGGAGUCUGGAUCGCCCAGAUCUGUUAGCGGCACACUGGGAUGAGAUCAUGAGGGGCAUCGCUGACCUAGCAGCCAUACCACACAAAUUUCCUCGUAAAGAGCGCUUUGUUACUGAUGUGCAGAUUUCCCAUGGUUGGAUGCAUUGUGGUUAUCCUAUCAUGACACACAAGUCCACAGCAGAUGACCUGGUCAGCACUGUCCAUGCUGGGAGUGAAGGCCUGUGGGGACCUAUCCACGAACUGGGACACAACCAACAAAGAGCCUGCUGGGAGUUCCCACCACACACCACAGAGUGUACAUGCAACCUGUGGUCGGUGUAUGUGCAUGAAGAGGUGCUGGGGAUCAAUGGAAUUAUCAGUCCAGCACAAAGGAAGACUAAUGCAGAAGAGUAUGUUAAAGGGGGCAGAAAACUCAGCAACUGGGCCGUGUUUGUUGCCCUGGAGACGUAUUUGCAGCUCCGGGAUAAGUUUGGCUGGGAUGCCUUUAAGAAGGUUUUCGCUGCCUACCACAAGAUGAGCAACUUUCCGAGUGACAACAAUGGCAAGAUGAAUCUGUAUGCUGAGACUUUCUCCCAGACUGUGGGGAUGAACCUAGCUGGAUUCUUUAAGGCCUGGGGCUGGCCCAUAGAAGCAGUCACUGAGGAGAAACUCUCCAACCUGCCUCCCUGGACUGACCACCCGAUGGUCCAGUAUGACUGAACUUCAGACAAAGUGCUCUCUU